GGAACUAAUAAUGUCCCGUAUUAUUGUUAAAGGGAUACCUAAAUAUCUUACAGAAGAUAAACUUAGAGACCAUUUCUCCAAAAAAGGUGAAAUAUCAGAUGUCAAGUUAAAAAAAAAUAAAACUGGUGAAUCAAGAAGAUUUGCAUUUAUUGGGUUUAAGAAACUAGAAGAUGCAGAAGAAGCUGUUAAAUAUUUCAAUGGUUCAUUCAUAGAUACUGCCAAGAUCCAAGUUGAUUUAGCUAAAAGUUUUGUUGAUCCUAAUGUUCCAAAAUCUUUCAGGGAGAAGAAAAGAGAAGCUUUCCAAAGAGUUAGAGAAAGAGAAAUUAGAGAACAAGAAAAACAAGAGGAACAAAGGGAAAGAAAAAGACAAAGAAGGGAAAAGAAAUCACAGAUCGAUCAAGAGAUUGAAAAUGAUCCAAGAUUACAAGAAUUUAUUCAAACUAUGAAACCUUCAUCACAAGUUAAAUCAUGGUCAAAUGAUGUUGUUGUAAAUGAAGGUGGUGCUCCAUCAAAUUCAUUAUUAGAUCAAGCAUUAGCCAUGAAGACUGAUAAUACUGUGGAAAAUAAGUUUGAAAAUAAAAUUGCUGAUGAAAUUUUCAAAAUUCAAGAAAAUGAAAGUGAUGAUGAAUAUACUGAAUUUGGUAAAGACGAUGAGGAAAAGAAGGAUGAUGAAGAUGAACCAAUGAUGAGUCUUGAUGAUUUAAACACAGAACAAAAAACCGCGGCUAACGAUGAAGAAGUUUCAGACUUGGAAUGGUUAAAGCAAAGAAGAAUACGUAUUAAGGAAAAUGGUGAAAUACCCGAAGAAAAGAAGGAAGAAGAGCAAGCACAAGAGCAAGAAACCUCAAAACCACAGAGUCACGUUGUUCCAGAACCUGAAGAGUCAAAACAAUCAGAAGAAGAAAUUGCAAUUUCUAAAAUCAAGCAAACUGGUCGUUUAUUCCUUAGAAACAUUCUAUAUACAGCUUCUGAAGAUGAUUUCACCCAAUUAUUUUCACCAUAUGGAGAAUUAGAAGAAGUUCAUAUUGCAGUUGAUACAAGAAAUGGGCAAUCUAAAGGUUUUGCAUAUAUCAAAUUUGCCAAUCCAGAAGAAGCAAUCAAUGCAUAUAUUGAACUAGAUAAACAAAUUUUCCAAGGUCGUUUAUUACAUAUUUUACCAGCAGAUGGUAAAAAAGAUCAUAGAUUGGAUGAAUUUGAUUUGAAAAACUUGCCAUUGAAGAAACAAAAAGAAUUGAAAAAGAAAAAUGAUGCUUCAAAAUCUCAAUUUAGUUGGAAUUCAUUAUAUAUGAAUAAUGAUGCAGUUAUGAAUAGUAUUGCUUCAAGUUUAGGAAUUGAUAAACGUGAUUUGAUAGAUCCUGAAAACUCAAAUUCUGCAGUUAAACAAGCAUUAGCUGAAGCCCAUGUUAUCGGUGAUGUUCGUAAAUUUUUUGAAAAUAAAGGUAUUGAUUUGACAAAAUUCCAAGGGAAAGAAAGAGAUGAUAGUAUUAUUUUGAUUAAGAAUUUCCCAUAUGGUACUACUGAAGCUGAACUACUUGAAUUGUUUCAACCUUUUGGUGAAUUGAAGAGAAUGAUUAUGCCACCUUCAGGUACUAUUGCUAUUGUUCAAUAUCGAGAUUUAUCAAGUGGUAGAUCUGCAUUCACAAAAUUAUGUUAUAGAAGAUUCAAGAAAAGUAUAUUAUAUUUGGAAAAGGGUCCAAAAGAUCUAUUCACAAGAGAACCAACUACAGGAGAAGGUGUUGGUGAAGCUGAAGUUCAACCAAAAGAAGCUGAUGUUAAAGAAAUUAAAGAGGAUGUUCAAAAUAUUGAUGAUGAUGAAGAAAUAUUUGAAGGUCCAACAGUUUCAGUUUUCGUCAAGAAUUUAAAUUUCUCUACAACUUCACAAGACUUGAGUGAAAUCUUCAAAGUUAUUGAUGGUUUUGUUGUUGCUACUAUAAAGACCAAACCAGAUCCAAAAGAUAGUACAAAGAAACAAAGUAUGGGUUUCGGUUUUGCAGAAUUCAAGACUAAAGAUCAAGCAAAUAUAGCUAUAAAGACAUUAGAUAACACUGUUUUAGAUGGUCAUAAAUUACAAUUGAAAUUAUCACAUCGUCAAAACGUCGUUAACAAAUCAAUUGCUAAAAACAAAUCAAUCUCAUCCAAGAUUAUCGUCAAGAAUUUACCAUUCGAAGCUACAAGAAAAGAUGUAUUUGAAUUAUUCAACUCUUUUGGUCAAUUGAAAUCUGUUAGAGUUCCAAAGAAAUUUGACAAGUCCGCAAGAGGGUUCGCUUUUGUUGAAUUUUUACUACCAAAAGAAGCAGAGAGCGCGAUGGAUCAAUUACAAGGGGUACAUUUGUUAGGUAGAAGAUUAGUGAUGCAAUAUGCUGAGCAAACUUCAGGAGAUGUUGAAGAAGAGAUUGAAAAAAUGACCAAGAAGGUUAAGAAACAAGUUGCAACCAGAGAAAUGGGAACAAUAAGAUCCAAUAGUAAAAGGAAAUUUGACUUGGGUGAUGAUGAUGAUGCUGAAAAUGUUGGUAUGGAUCAUAUAUAGACCUGACCUCACUAAUAGAUAGCAUGACAAUAGACUAGUAACUUGUAGAUGAUGAUCAGCACAAAAAGGUAAUUGGGUAUACUCCAGAUCAAAACUGCACCCUGUGCUAUAGCUGUUCCUUUUGAAAACAGAAUUCCUUUUUUGAAGGCUAAAUAAUAAUUCUAAAGAUCACGUUAAUAGAUUCUCUUGACUUUCGAGCUUAAACACUAAAAUAGUAAAGAAGAAAAGAAUCAUGGGGAUGGAACAUUCCUUAUAACGUUUUUUCCAAUUACAACCACAAAACCACGUCUUUGUGGCUCUACUCG